CAAGUGAUGUUAAAUGUUUUUAGACUUACCUUAAAUUUUUAGAUCUAAUUUAAAUAAAUAAAAACUAAAAACAAUUAACCAAUCAAAUUAUAACAAUUUUUUUGAAACUUCACCUAUGAGCGACACGUCACGAGAUCUCACUAAAGUGACUUCUCUUUUAAUAUAUAGGGGGAUGAAUGAACUAGACUAUCCAUCUAUAUUAUUGGUUUAGAGAUUUUUAAAUUGGAAGGAUUUGUUCUUUAAAAUCAUAAAAUACAAUAAAAUUACGUAAAAAUUUAUACUUCAAAUGCUGACAAUCAGCACUCUAGACAAAUUAAACAAAAAAAAUAAGUAAGAUUUGUUUUAAUUUUCUUUUUAGCAUAAAAAAUCCUUGUUAUAACAUCAAUAUUUGAUGUUACUAUAACAUAUUUAGAAAAAAAAAUAUUUUAAUAUUAAAAAUAAUAAAAUAUUAAAUAGACAAUUGUAUAAACCGACUUUUCAUGUUUAUGAGAACUACAUCUGAUUUCAUUAUCCUAAAUCAUUCCACGUAAUUCUUUUUUAGUUCAUUUUUAUAUUAUGCAAAAAAGUUCCUAGCAUUUUUAUAUCCAGAAAAUAAAAUUUUGAUCUCUAAAAUUAAUUUAUAAUAAAAAUAUUUUUUUUAAAUAGUAUUUCACAUUUAAAAUAUAAUUUAAUUUAUUUUAAAUGUGAAAUAUUAUUUUAAAAAUAGAUAUUUUUAUUAUAAUUUUUUUUUAAAUAAUAUUUUUCAAUAUAAACAUAAUUUUUUAAUUAUUAAAUAAAAUAAUUAAUUUUAUAUGUUAAUAUAUAUAUAUAUAUAUAUAUAUUAGCAUGCUCAUACUGUUUUACCCUCUGUUCAAAAACGCGGGCGCCUAGCCGCCUAGGCGUCCGCCUAGUCGCUACUCGAACCACUACUGCUGCGAUUUUGACCAAAUCGGUCAAUAAAAUCGGACACCAGUUAGUCGGCCCAAAAACAGACUAAUCGGCCAAAUAAAGCGAUUAGUCGGCCCGUCAAACUAACUAAUCGGCCCAAAAUUUUAUUUAAUAGUGAUAUCUUUGGGCUUUACUGAAGCCCGAUAUCUUAACAAACACAUCUCAUGUAGAAGACAUAUAUAGAGUCGUAUUUCUCUUCCUUUUUUUUGUGUAACCGAUGUGGGACUCUUGUGCCUUAACAUUAUAAUGCGAAAACAAAUAUUUUGCACAGAUGGGGUAUCGAACUCAGGUUGCCCACGCGUGAUAGAAGUGGUCUUGACCAUUUGGAGACAUCAACUCAUUGACGUUUUACGCAUAUGUCAAUAUAUAUACGCAUAUACUUAUAAUAAAAGUACAAAAACUAAUCUCUAAUUAAUUCCUUAUUUAUUGUCUAGACCUGUUUAUAUACAUAUAUAUUUUUUAAAAUUGAUUUCAUUAAAGUUAGUUAUUGAUAUAAAUUUGAGUGUAUAUAAAUUAUCACAUUAUAAUGUUAUUUAAGUUAUAUAUUUAAUUUUAAUUAUUAAAUAAAAUAAAAAAAUAUUAAAAACUAGGCCCCGCGUAUAUCCCGCUUAAUCCCCGAUUUUUCGGUAACUCGCUAGGCCCGAAGUUACCGCCCGACUAGCGCCUAGCGUAGUUUCGAACAGGGGUUUUACCAAUCAUCCAAUUAAACAUUUUAGCAAAAGCAUACAGCUCCUGCAGCAAACUGCUUCUAUAGCAUACACUACAAGAAAACGUAGCAGUAACAACGGCGUUUUACGAGGAAAUAAUUUCCUCGUAAAUUUACAUACGCUUUACAACGCAAUUACGACGAGACAUAACUUCGUCGUAAACUCCAUGGUAAUUUACGACGAAACGUUUUCGUCGUAAAGUCAAUGUAAGUUUACGACGAAAGUACGUGGAAUGCGAAAUAGUUGUAAACGUUACAUCGACAUUACAACGAAUCGUGUUACCGUUAUAUAAAGGUGAAAACGUGUAUUCAAUGUGCUUUAACUUACCUAAAUUCGUUGUAAACGCGUUGUAAAUUUUCUAUGUAAAAUCCAUGUAAAACUUACCAUAUUUCUCUAUAUAUAUGUCAUUUCCCACAACUCUCAAGUUGAAGAAGCAAUACCAGGAAUAUCUGCAACUGAUGUGGAUACACGUAAAGAUAAGCACUUUGUCAAGUGGUUAAAAUCACAGGUUGAUUAUGACGAUCCUUAUUAUCCCGUAUGGUUUCACGAAUUGGUUCAAGGUCCAGUUGCAAAGGUCACCACAUCACCUAUGUAUUUCACACGAGGAUUUACCUUUCACACAUACGAGUAUGGGAGACAUCGGGCAACGAGUAACUACGGAAUAUGUGUGAAAGGUGAAACAGACUUUUACGGGAUAUUGCAGGAGAUUAUUGAAGUGGAAUUUCUGGGGUUAUUGAAGCUAAAAUGCGUCCUCUUCAAAUGUGAAUGGUUCGAUCCUGUUGUGAACCGAGGGAUUCGGUAUAACAAAUUUGGUGUUGUGGAUGUCAAUUUUGGGAGAAGAUACAACAAAUUUGAGCCUUUCAUUUUAGCUUCACAAGCCGAGCAAGUUAGCUUCCUUCCUUAUCCUCGGCUUCGAACUUCCGGGAUAAACUGGGUAACUGCUAUCAAAGUUACACCUCGUGGACGCAUUGUCGUUGGAGAAGAACCGCCCUUGCAAGAAGAAGACGCUAUCACUGAAGUUGAGGUACCAGAACAACCAACUGAUGAAAUCCUUUUGAUCGACCCGCAAAACUUUCAAUAUGAAGAUAUUCCCGAAGAUGCGACAGAUGAAGCACGUGAAGACGAGUUCGAGAGAAGCGACGAUGAUGAUUGUAAUGAUAGUGAUGAGAACGAAAACGAUUUAGAGUGAUGUAAUAGUGAUGAGAACGAAAACGAUUUAGAGUGAUGUAAUAUAUGUAUCAAAUGUUGGAUUUCUCUAUUGUAACAUUUUCUAAAAGAAAGAGUAAGAAGUAGUAUGAAAUAAGAUAUGAUGUUAGAUGAUAUGUGACUUUGGGGUUUAGGGAUU